AUGGGCGACCGCCGUCCCCUUGCCCGGGGACAGCACUUGGAAGGGGCCUCGGGAGUCUCGUCGGGUGAACCCAACAUGACGCUUAGCCCAUAUACUGAACUGCAGCAUGACCUCGGUGAGGCUUACAAGAAAUACAAAGGGUAUGCCGAGAUCAUUGCUAAAGGAGGCCCAUUGGCCCCUCAAUUCUACGACUCGAUUUUCUGCUCUGAGGUAGAGAAGACAGCUGCUAGAAGCUUUGGCCAACCACGCCCACACAUGGUUGGAGGCAAUACCCAGAAGCCCAUUGAGUGGACUGAUGUUCUUCGUAAAAUGCUCACUCCUGGGGAUUUUCAACGCCAGCCAAAUGGUAUGUACCGGUGCUGCGUUCGAGGAAGCUUGAUUGAGAUUACCGAGGCCAAUUACACUGAAAUCCUCACUGGCGUCACUGAUCGACUUUUGCAGCCAUUGCAAAACUUGUCGAACGAACAGAAGGAAACUAGAGUUCGUCUUAAACUGGGUUCUGACCUGCACCAGACACACCACAACCUCGUCCAAUCCAGCGACUCAGAUGAUUAUGUCCUCCCAACCGACGCCCUGGGCAGCGAUUCCACUGGUUCGUUAGUCCAUCCGUGGCUGUUGAACAUCAACAGUCCCGAUAAUGCAAUCGACGUCGAUGCACAAUCUCAUUCAUCUGGAUCCGACAUCCCUUGGCAGAUCAAAACCUCAGACGCGUCCCAGUCAACUGAUACUUCUGCCGAGAAUGAACAUGAAGCAAGAUCUCAUAGCUCAAAAAGACUCCGAGGUGGAUCCUUUUACAACGAGGAAUGGAGCAAGACACACCCAGCUAGAAGAUACUCUCGAUUGGAAGAGGAAGAAGGCCCAGGAUUUGUGAAACAUCUGGUCAACAAAGGAUCCACUACCACCGAAGUUGAAGAGGAAUACGCCCAAAUGUUCGGGGUUACCCGUACUGUGGGUGCUAUCUUCAAGAAGUUCAAAAUCAAAGGUGCUUGGGCGUUGUUGAAACCGCUCCGAGAGGCAAAGAAGCAGAAGACUAUGGUACCGAGCCCCCAUUACUCCACUCUUGUUGAGCAAACUUUACUAACAACUACUUAUAGUCAACCUAGUCUUGCUAUGAUCGACACACAUGCUCACCCUGUGGGGUUUGAGCCCGAUGGACUGAGGAUACAGACUGAUGAGGUAGAAGGGGAUUGGAGAGGAGGCAUUAGAGAGGAUGGACGGUGCUACCACUGCUGUGUCAAGGGAAGGUUAGUUGAGAUGUCUGCAGAGAAUUACCACUUCAUCAAAUUGAGAUACCCACAACGCGUGAUACAACAAGAAGAGGCUGCUGGAAUAGUGGGAAAACAAGACGUCAGUCCUGUCAGUGCUGUCAUGUAUCGUGAGUUUACAACCAUCCUUAGUAGGUUUAUCUCUCACCUCAUCCUGAGAAACGCACCACGGUGUCAUGGAAAGGAUAUCAAGGGAAGCUCACAGGCCGCUCAAGAAUUCCAAGCUGAACCGGGACGUCGUCGCUCCAUCAGCCGACGGUCUGAUUGCCAGCCCCAUGGCAAGCAAGGUUUCUCUGGUUGGACCCCCAUUUUAGUGUCACAUAGCCCAGUUAUAUCAGCAGAUGAUCCAACCAAACCUGACUUCCCAACCCACAUUGAUGAGCGCAAGAAGCUUGGAUGUGGCAGAACAGUCACAGUCCGACGCAAGUGGUUCUAG